AUGAACGUACUCACGACUCUAUAUGAUUUGUCAUAUAAACAAUAUGUUCAAAAACACUGGCUGGAGAUAACUGAAGAGGAACAGAUUGUUUUAGAUGUUGAAAAGGCUAGAAUAAAGCAAGCAAUGUGGGAUGCAUUUAAUGUUCGUGUACUCGAACCAAGACAAGGGGGAGCUGGAUCAUCAGAUACAGGAAACGUUGCAAGAAAAGUUCUUGAAAAUCCAGAGCUUCUAGCUAAAACUCUAUAUCUUAAUGAAGAAAUAAUUAAACGUAUAUGCUAUGUGCUAAACCAAAUUCGAAGUUUAGAACCAGUUGAUGAUCUAGAUGAAUUUGAUAGGUACUGUAAAGAAACAUACAGAAUGUUUUUGACAACAUAUAGUUGGUUCAAAAUACCAGUAACACUUCACAGAGCACUUGCUCAUGCAAAACACUACAUGGAAGCCUUACCAUUACCUCUAGGAAGAAUGAAUCAAGAAAUGGGAAACGUAGUCACAAAUGUUCAGCAAAUAAUAUCAGGUGAUAAGGAACCAAUAACUCCAAUAUUAAAACCAUUAACAGAAAGACAAAUUGAAAUUAUUAAAAGGACAUGGGCUAUACCUUACUCUAAGCCAGGAGAUUCUGGAGAAAUAAUUUUGUAUACAUAUCUCGAACAAUAUCCAAAUAAUCAAGUUAAAUUUCAAGCAUUUCGAAAUACACCGUUGGUCAUGCUGAAAGGAACGCCUGGAUUUCGAAGUCAUGCUAGUAAAAUUAUGGAUGUUUUUGCAACAGCAAUCAAUGCCUUAGGCACAGAAAAUGGUUUACCAGCGAUUGUCAGUUUAGUCACCGAAACUGGAAAAUAUCACAGACGUCGAGGAAUCUCAAAACGAAACUUUGUUGAACUCCGUGGUGUGAUCAUUGAGAUAUUGACGGCUGUUUGUAGACUUGAUGAUGAAGGAAAACAAGCUUGGAGUGAUUUAAUGGAUGUUUUAUAUCACAUUAUUUUUAAUGUUCUUGAUGAGGCUAAAAAAGUGCCUCCAAAAAAGUGA